CGUAGUUGCACGCGGCUUCUCGCGCGUGUCUACCGCUAUUUACUGCGUGUUAUGUACAUCGUCGUGUCUCCCUCUCUCUGCUACACGCGCGCGCGCAUCCUUACUCGCCUCUUCGCGUAUAUCUGCCCUACGGCUAGUUCACGACGUAGUUCCGCGAACGCGAGCGAGCACGCGGUGCCGUUAACGUAAACUACGAGACGGUACCGAGUCGUUGGACGAGGAUAAAUGACGCGUGGCGAGGAGGAGAGAGAGAGAUACUUCAUUCGCGGCCAUUUUAACCGCACUUUGCGCUAAGCCGGGCCACCCAGUGUGUAAUACGAGAGAGGCCGCGACACUGCGUGUGCCAACGUCGCUGCCGGCCGUCGUCGCCGCCGCCGCCGCUACCACCGCUCUCUCUAGUCUCGGCUCGAACUGCGUCUGUCGGCCGCGCUCCUCGCUUCUGCGCACGCGAGUCAGUCGUGCUGCGCAUCGGCCGUGCGAAGCGUUUUGCGCCUUCUCGCCGCGAUCGUCGCGUCCUCGCCGCCUGAAAAGUCGGCCCAUCGAGAGUGAAAAAGACGAAAACGGCACGAAUCGAGUAAUCGUCAGGCGACAUGGCUCGGCCGGCGGGGAAGGACCGCGUUGUUGUCGCGAGGGGACACGCGGCAUCCCGACGAUUUCGCGGUACAGUGAUAGUGCGGGGAAUAAUAACACGGGAGGGCGUGCGACGAUCGUCGCGAGGAGGCGCGUCGAGUGAGCGAGAGGUGCCCCCCGGGUGAGAGAGAGAUGACAGAUCCGUGCGGACGAAAGAGAAGCGCGAGAGGACGGGACGCCGCUGAAAACCCUGGGAGACGCGAGAUGCAGUGUAGCGCGUGUUUUGACCUCGCGGUGCGUCUGAGACUUCCAAAAGGAAGCAGCCUCAGGGACGCGGUACUCCGCGGUGGAAUUUCAAGGAACAGAGCGGAGCGAGAACGCGAGAGAGGCGAGGGGUGGAGAGGGGACCAGCGUGACCGGCGCAGCGUGGUGCGAAAAAAAGAAAAGGGAGGACUAGAAGGAAAGAAGCGGGGCGAAGAUGGGCGUUGUGGCGAUGGUGAUGGUGGGGUGGCUGUCGUUUGUUUCCUGGUGUUCUUGCUGCAUAGUCGGAUGCUCUCUCAAGUGCAAAUGGUCGGCCGUAUCCUGCUGGAGAUGUUUCGCGCGGCCAUCAACAAUGGGACGAAACUCGUUUUGCCGGAGAUCAUGCACUGCAUACAGCCGAUUAUCGAAGAUACCGAUGCUCAGGUUCGGUCAGAUUUGGUGGAGCAGCUCCCGCACGUGGCGAUGAUCUGUCACGAAGCGCCGCAGCUCUUUGGCCAGGAUGUUCUUCACAAUCAUCUGCUCGGUAUUAUCAUCAAGUAUCUCCGGGACAUGGAUAAGCAGGUACGACUAGCGGCUCAAAAUGCACUGUUAACGCUGAUGAAUUGGGGCCUCCUUCACAACAACACUAUCGAGAACGAAAUCUGUCCCGUGGUAGAAUUUUUGUCCUACAUGUCGGCGGAUUUUCUGAGCACGAGCGUCUCCCUCAUGUGUAAACUGGCACCGCUGAUUGGUAAAGAACUCACAGAAAGGGUCUUUCUGGACAGAUACAUCGACAUGUGCGAGGAUGACGACACGACGGUGAGGAGAAUUUGCGCCACUCACUUUGGGGAAAUGAGCGCUGCUGUAAGCAGGAAGGCAUUAUUUCGAAAAUUGUUCCCUACGUUCAUCGAUUUGUGCGGCGACGGGGUGUGGGGUGUGCGAAAAGCGUGCGUCGACGUGAUGAUGCCGGUCUCUUGUUGCUCGACGCUGGAACACCGCCGAUUGUUCUUAGCGGAAAUACUGGCGAAGCACUUGAGGGACGAGUCGAAGUGGGUGCGAAUGUCGGCCUUUCAAAUACUCGGACCGUUCAUAUCGACUUUCGCCAAGCAGUUCACCGAAGUCACUUACAAUCAGCAUGGCGAGUUGGUAUAUACCAGUUCACAGGAUAAUUACUUUAGCGUACGUUACCCGUACGAAGGCAUGUUCCCGAUGAAGUGCAUGAUGCGAAAUCAAACACCCGACAUGGACGAUAAUGCCAAAGGUGCUUCUUCUUUUCACAUGUCUGUGAUAAACACGAAACCCCCCGUAACAGCAACGGACUCCUGGGAAGGCAAUGAACAGCAGCAGAAACAAAAUGAACAGCAGAAACAAAGUGAGCAGCAGAAACAAAGUGAGCAGCAGAAACAAAAUGAACAGCAGAAACAAAACGAACAGCAGAAGAAUGAUCUCACGGAACGGCCACGCUGUAUAUUACUUAAGGAGAAGGAGAAGAUGCGACGGAAGCCAUCGAAUAUUCCACCAACGUCUCCGAAAGAGAAAGUUACGGACGAGACCGAGAAAUACAAUCCGUUUUUAUAUUAUUAUAUCCCUCCAGACGCGCCGUUGGAUGACGAGCUCAUUUAUGCCGCGAAGCAGUCCGCGAUGAAUCGUAAUAACGUCGAGAAAGUGGCGGCGACACCGAGGGAGGAGGAUGUCACCGACGAGAAUAGUUCGCCUAGUUCUUCCAAGACUGCUUCCCCGUGUUCGAGUGAGAAAAACGAGGGGGAGGAAGAGAAAGAGGGGAGGAAGACGGAAGAAAAGGGAGAGGAGAAGUUGAAUAUUACGGAGGUCCGAUCGAAUCUGGAUAAGCUCAAUAGUAGUCAUAAGGAAGAGGACAACGACUCUCUGUCGUCGCACGAUACGACCGAAUUGCUGGACGACACGCUCUACAUUUGGAAUCUCUCCAUGAACAAGAGCAGCAUCGCCUUCAGCUUCAACAAGUUAGACCCGAAGUACGGCGGACCGCUGGACAUCGUGCCUCAGGAGUUGAUCAACCAGUUCGUGUCGAUGGCCGAGCCGGAGCAAGCCAUCGACAUGGGCGCCGAGAUACCGCACCAUUGUGCCUUCAGUUUUCCCGCGGUCACGCUCACGCUGGGUCGCGAGAAGUGGUAUUGCCUGAGGAGAGCCUAUCAGUCGUUAUCGAGCGCGAGACAGUGGAAGGUACGGCGCACGUUGGCCUCCAGCAUUCACGAGAUCGCCCUGAUCCUGGGCGAGGAACUCACUGCCACCGAUCUCGUGCCGAUCUAUGACGGUUUUAUCAAGGAUCUGGACGAGGUCAGGAUAGGUGUGCUCAAGCACCUCGCCACCUUCCUAAAGAUACUCAAGCCUACCGACCGCCGUCAAUACCUGCCAAGGUUAAGCGACUUCCUCGCCACGGAUAACGAGUGGAAUUGGAGGUUCAGGGAGGAACUGGCCACCCAGUUGCUCGAGGCUGUGACGCUGUUUAGCCCGAACGACGUCGCCCAGAGCAUCGCGCCGUUGUCCCUUCAGUUACUCGUGGAUAAGAUCGCCGCUGUUAGGACUGUCGCACUUGACCUGGUCACUCGAAUCGUAUCUCACUUGUCCGUCGACGAAGCUCUGGUGACGUCGCUUAUCCACGAGCUGCGCGACACUUUGGUUCCCAACAGCAAAAAGUGGAUACGUCGGCAAACGUAUGCGGUCUUGUGCGCGCACUUACUCCGCAACGGUGCCAUCGCGGGGAGAAUGUUCAGUAAAGAGAUGUUACCAAACCUGAUAGGCUUGUCAUUCGACAGGGUACCAAAUGUAAGAUUAGCCGUAGCGAGAACCUUAGCGAAUAAUGUUGUGAGCGCGUUGGGCCACGGUUUAAGGACGGAACGAUCGGAGGAAGUGGACAGAACACUGCAAAAGAUGCGCCUUGACGCCGAUCGGGACGUACGAGUGCUGGCCGGAGGCGAGGAGGUGUUGGUGGCUACGGUAUCGAACGAAUGUUUCGUGGUGACGCAGGAUGAGACGGGCAAGCAGUCGAGAAUCACAUUUGACAACGGAGCGAUGCUCUUAAACGCGAGAAUGAGAAGGGAAAACGAACUGUUCGUGCCGCAGCCAGACGCGCCUCCGUUCUUCCAGAGUAAAUUAGCGAGUGAUUAGUUUCUAGCGGACGAUAAAGCCAAAACUAUAUGAUCCGACUAGCUGCGAACAUCAAAGCUUCAGAGCCGCGAACCGGCACGUGUCUAUGUAUAUGUAUAUAUAUAUAUAUAUCUCACGUUCCAAAUGUCAAGCGGACAGAGUCCCGAUCGCAGGCGGGCCCCGGCGAUGUGAAACAAAGCUCAAGUGUUAAGUAUAUAUUGUUCAUGAUUUAAGUAAUCGAGAGGAAUAAAAAGGAAAAUAGGUACGAGUAUGGUUUACUACAGGUGUCUAUCAUCACAUUUAAAUACCGAAUAUAUGUAUUUGCGUCCUUUGAUCUAGAGACUGUGAAUAUAUGCGCUGAUCGCGAUCACGCGUGAAUAUAGCGUGUAAAAAUGUGAAAGCAUUUGUGUAUAUUGUGACAGUAAAUACGUACGUACAUACGCGCACGAGGGAGAGAGAGAGAGAGAGAGAGAUGCGUGCGUACGUUUUACCAUUGUGAUCAAUUUAUAUAUUGCAACACACACCGGUGAAUGGGUGGGUGUGUUUGUGUGUAUAUGUGAAUGUGGGUAUGUGUGUGUGUUGAAUGAUCGACGGCGUUACGUCGACGCGGUUUCUCAUUCGCUUCGUUUUUACAGACGUUCUGUAUGAUGAAAUGAUGAUAAUACGAAUUUUAGACGCUAUACCGCUAUAUAUAUUAUUAUUUUGUAGCAUUUUUAUUAUACACUUAGUCGAGAGGAGAAGACGCCGCGUGACCGACUGCAUCAGAAACGGCAAAUUAAGAUUACCAACGAGGCGCACUUCGUCGAAAUCAUCGGCGGAGAAUCCGGGGAAUGUGCCAUGCAUCGUAAACGUUUUGUACAUCGUUGGUGAAUACUGUGCGCAUUCACACGCACAUAGUGUGAACAGGCUCUCUGAAGCUUGACGCGUUCGAUAAGCAAGGAAAAAGUCAAAGGAAACGUUGAUUAUUGGCCGUGGUUGUGCAAGAAGGAUCCAAGCCACAAAAAAUUAUGAUUUUUGAGAUUUUGCCACCAAUAGGUGGCCCACGUCUUCCUAUAUAAAACAAAAAGAUCCAAGCCUUAAGCGGGGUCUGCAAUGAGAAUUUUUAAGUUUUGAAAAAUCGACCGAUUACAGUCGAUUUAUUCUCUUCACACUCGAAUGUGACUGGUCAACUUCUUAAGGCUUACAGCUUAAAUUCCCACUGUAAACUUCGCUUUACGGGCGUCUAAAAUUAAUUGGGAAACGGUUUUUAUUUUCUACCAGUUGUGCCAUUUUUGUUUCCUUUUUUUUUUUACUACUAGUUGCGUCUUCUCAUUUAUCCGUUUGUUUAUAAGGAUUAAGCUCGUCCGUGAAUACCCCUUAGAGAGAAGAAAACUGACCAUGCUUGGCUUCUCGAACGAUUGUGGAAAAACGUCAGUACCUAAAAACCUUAAAAGCCCAUUUAUAUUUUUUAAAUCAUACGUCGAAUUUUCAUUUUCAUCUUUCUCGAAACGCAUGUGGGUUAAGAUUCUGCGUAACUAUGGCCAAUCGUGUUCGCGCGACAUCAGCGUGUGGUCACUAUGUCUUGCAUUUACGAGAGCGGUCUCGAUAGUUGUGCGUUUACUAGAUUACUUAUAUUCGCCAAAAAGACAAAACAAAAGGAGAGAGAUAUAAGUGCUACGUUGAUAGUGCGAUAUGCUCUUUGAUCGUAUCUUUGAUCGAGGACACACGACACGACGUGGCGACACUUCAGCAAAAUGUGUUACGCGUACGCGACGUGUAGUUGCGUUUGUCAAGUACUUUGGCAAUCGUACUGCCUAUAGAGAACGCACCGUUUUACCUUCGUCUGGCUUAAUGAAACGCAAAGAUCACACAUACCGUUACUCGCGACGCGAUCUAGAUUCUUGCGUUAACGCCUAAAUUGAUCGAUAGAUUGAAGAUGAAUUAAACGGUAAAUCGAAUUUUACUGCAGCAUCUUUUUUAAUAUUUUCUCUUUUUUUUCUUAUGAACAAUAUCAAUAAAUGAGUAUAGAAAGGAAAGAUUUAUAGCAAAAGUGCUUUAUAAAUAUUGUACGAUAUCAAAUUUUAUAAUAUGCGGUGUGCAGAUUGCUGAGGGAGCGAAGUCGCGAGCCAUUUAACUGGAACGGGGGGAAGAAAGAGAGAGAGAAAUCAUAUAUAGACGCGUAUCGGAACGUUGGAGAGCUGCGCCUCCACGGAUCACCGCGAAGUCGCACGGAAAGUUACUGCUGUUGUAUGAUAUUCGUUAAACAUUUUGUAAUAUUAGAGAACAACUGAACGAUCAUCACGUUGCAUACGAACGACCACGACGACGAAUACUACGAUCGAGCCGUGACAGGCUUAUUCUUUAAGCAACGAACGCGCUCCCGUUAAUUGUGAAUACUGGCGCGAAGGAGGUGAUGUUGAUUGAAAUAUCCUGUAUAAUAUAUAUAUUGUGUAUUUGAUAACGAGACGAUAAAGGGUAUACAGCAAACGAUAUUUGUUAUACUAUCACGUGACACCCGUGUGCGUUUAUUAAAGGUGAAAGGCCGAUGAGAGGGAGAGAGAAUGAGAGAGAAAGAGAGGAAGCAAGGAGGAUUAUCGAUUCUGUAAAGACCUCACUCGCAUGUUAUGCAAAUAAAGGAAUUUCAUAUGACGAUAA